UCUUUCUUUUAAAUUAUAGGAUGCUCCUAUUCAUGUUCAUGUUUUCCCUCGACUGGUAUUUAUAACUUAACUGUCAAUGGAAAGCGUAUGGAAGUUAAAUGUUUUCGUGGACACUAUCAUAUGUGGACUGUUAUACAAAGACGAUUUGACGGCUCUGUGUUGUUUAACAGGAGUUGGUCCGAAUACAAAGCAGGGUUUGGUUCCUUGGAUUCUGAAUUCUGGCUCGGAAAUGACAACAUCCAUGACUUAACAAAGAAUGGUCUAACUUAUAUGCGGGUCGAUCUGAUGAAUUCUACUGGAGGAUGGAACUACGCAGAGUACAGUCGCUUUUCAGUGGACAGCGAGGAAAACAAAUAUAACCUCACAAUUACUGGACACUCAGGAGGAUUAAGAAAUGACCUGGACAUCCUUCAUGGAAUGUUCUUUUCUACCCAUGAUGUUGACAAUGAUCUGUAUAUUUAUUCCUGCGCCAGUAACAACAAAGGAGGAUGGUGGUUUCACGAGUGUUUCAAAGCGAAUCUUAAUGGAGAAUACGGCUCUAGCGUCAAAUGGCGUGCCUGGACCACCGUGCCCUUGAAAGAAACCAGAAUGAUGAUUAGGGAACCCUAGAAUGCAAUAAUUGAUUUUUAAAAUGUGACUUAGAUUGAAAACUUGUAUAUUUUUUGGUCUAGUGCCCUUUUUAUCUUGCAAUAAUAGCCAUGUAAGAACAAAAAGCCUAUAUUUUUUAUACAACAAGAAUUACAUUAUCAUAUUUAUAACAUUUGUCAUGUGGAAUUCU